CCAAGGUGUUGCGCGGACUGACAAGUGAGGACGGAAGCUGAGCUUGGUGCAGCGGCGGUAGACGAGAAGCGACAGCGGACCACCAGCCCCAAAGAGACCCUUCUCAGAAUCGCAAUCACCAAUGAACUCCCCAGUGUAUCGCCACUGAAGACCAAUGGCGGGCCGCAACCAGGCAAACCAACCGCAGCUGAGCCGAGGGUCUGAGAGAGCCGCCUACACACAUCGACGGUGGAGAGUCGUGCUCCAGCUGCUGUUCUUGCUGCUCCUGGUGGUGCCGCUAUCCGCUCAGCCUGAUCUUCCCCUCCUCGGCGAGGGAGGGCUGGCAGAUGUGUUCGGCAAUCAGGGCGGCAUCAAGCGAGACCGCCGCCCCGGCAAUGGCCUCUUCGGCAGACGAAACGGCAACGCUGGCAAUGAUGACAUCGGUGCCUUGGCUGUGGGCGGCGAAGAGGAGGACGAUGAGGACACCGGAGGUGGGAUUAGCAGCAGCAGCCGUCCUGGCGGCCUCUUGGGGGGCCGUCCGAACAACGUCAACAAGGCGCCGCCUCGCUCGAAUGGGUUCGUGUGCAUGGACCGACCCGAGGUGGAGGAGAUGGGAUCGAGCUGUCGGCAGAUAGCCAAGAAUCUCCCAGGCAUCGGAUGCCGUCAACUGGUGCGCGACCUGCCGCUGCCAAACGACAAGGAGCUGCCGAGAGAGCUGCCGCCCAACGCGCGAGUCGCCGACAUCUGCCCCGAGACGUGCGGACUGUGCAGUGGUGUGUAUACAUGGAUUUCGCAUAGUGUCACUCACUGACUCACUCACUCACUCACUCGCACCCGAUGAACGACCCUUUUGUGUGCGUGCUCCGUGCGUGCAGAGUGUGCUGACGGCUGUGCGCUGUGGUUUCUGGGCAACGGUCUGUGUGACGAGAAGUGCUUCAAUGUGGGCUGCCAGUUCGACGGAGGAGACUGCUGGAGUGAGCGGCGAGUGACGCGAUGUUAGUCAAGUGAUAAGCAUGAUGGCGUCUGUGCCGUUUGAUUCAGGCCGCGACUGCACUGUGGGCGAGUGGAGCGACUGGGGCGAAUGCAGCGUAUCGUGCGCUGGACCCGGCACACAAACGAGAAGCAGAAAAGUCAAGGUGAAGGGCAAUGGACAGACGACACAGCCAGCGACGGUGUGAGUGGUUGUUUCUGCAGGAAGAGGCCCGGAAUGGCGGCGCUGAGUGUGAUGACUUAUCAGAGGUCAAAUCAGGCUGCAACAAAGACGUCCCAUGCCGUAAGCCAGACAAUCAAUCAAUCAAUCAGCACAAGCCGAAUCCCAAGAAAACACACAAUCACCGGUCAUUUUUGCUUCUUUCUUUCUGCCUGUCUCUUCUCGUGUGAAUCCAGCCGAGAAUUGUCGUGUUGGCGAGUGGACAGAGUGGAGCGAGUGUUCCAAGACCUGCGGCGACGGCAAGCAGCUCCGCAACCGUGAUGUCCGCAAGCCUCCUGUGGGCGGCGGAGAGGAGUGCCCACCCCUCACAGACACACGCAAGUGCCUCAGCACCCUCUGUGGUACGACGUGGAAGAGAACAGAGAGGUAUAUGGACAGAGUCGACGGAUACGUGGCAUGUCCCGUCUGCGUACAGCUGUCGAUUGCCUGACGACUGAGUGGAGCGAGUGGAGCUCAUGCUCAACCACAUGUGGCGGAGGGCUGCGCAACAGAAAACGAAGCGUGCUGGUAGGCUGCCGGGGGGAGGGUGAAUGAAUGAUGGCAUACCAAGCAUGUUUGUCAUUGUCAUUAUAUGUCAGACGGAGCCUGCGUAUGGUGGUGAGAAUUGCCCCAUCCUCGAGGAAGAGGAGGGUUGCAACACCGAAGCAUGCCGUAAGGCCAUCCAUUGAAGACCCACGAGCACAUGGACACUUGCUGCACGGAUUGACUUCUGUGUGUGCAGCUGAGGGCAGCGACGACUGCACAGCUGAAGACGGAUGCAGUAAGCCGCCAUGAAGCAAGAGACGUUCUUACACAACCGUCUGCACGUGUGCCGCAUUUCAUUCAUCAGAGGUCGAUUGUAAGGUGUCUUCGUGGGGUCAGUGGAGCAGCUGCACAAAGGUGUGCGAAGUGGGUGAGAUCACACGGUCGCGAGCCAUCACCACCAAGCCCAAGAAUGGAGGCGCCAAGUGCCCGUCCCUCAAGCAGUCACGGGCGUGCCUCGUGUCUGAUGACCCGUCAUGCGGUACCACCACCAGCACCACAUAGCCACAUGGCGCUGUUGCUACAUGUUGUCUCCGCUUUCGUGCUCGAUGUUCCUUCAGCGACGGACUGCAAGGUCAGCGAGUGGAGCGACUGGAGCAGCUGCAGCGCCACAUGCGAUGGAGGCACAAAAUCGAGAGAGAGACGCGUGGAGGUCAGCCAGUCGCCUGCUGUUGAUUGGAAAGUUGGUGAGAUACAUCCAGUCUGUCCCUUAUCAGGUCGAGCCUCACUCAGGCGGCAAGCCGUGUCCCGACCUCAAAGACAGCGAGGCCUGCGGCACUGAGCCAUGCGGUGAGCGAAGAUGACGAUUCGAGACGCACUUCCCUAUGUAUGUGUCACUCACCAGCUGAGCCGACGGACUGUGAGGUGUCUGAUUGGACUGAAUGGGGUAAAUGCAACUCCCCCGAGCGUACCUGCGGCGGAGGAGUACAUAAACGCACACGAAAGAUCCUUGUAAGCACAGCACGCAACGACAGACAGUCAGUCUGCCUAGUAGCAUGAUUUCAUUGCUUCCUGUCUGUAUCAGGCUCCUCCAAGUGACGGUGGGCGCGUCUGCCCCUCUUCACUGGAAGAGAUGAAGGGAUGCAACCUAUCCAGAUGCCGUGAGCAACACACACUCGCAUCCUAACUGCCGCACAUCCAUCCGCCUUGCCUCGUUCAUUCCCUGUUCAGCGGGCGCCAAGUGUGAGGACAACCCCGACGUGCCCGAGUUCACCGGCGGCGGCACAUGCGAAAUCCUCAAGAUGCAGGGAUGCGAAGAAUCGCUCAAGAACAUCGCCAAGAAAUUCAACAGGCCCUUCCCCAGCAACGUGCCACCCGAGACAAGAGUGCGCGACGCAUGCCCCAAGACAUGUGGCUUUUGUGAAGGUAUUCACACAGCGACACAUUCACGCUAGAAAUGCACUGUCUCCCUUGCACAUGUCAUUCGUGUGUUGUGUUUGGGCGUCCCCCCAUCAGAGUGCUCUCCCGGCUGCGAGUUGCGUGAUCUGGGCAACACCGUCUGUGAGAAACCGUGCGACAACGAGGCCUGCAAGUUCGACGAGGGCGACUGCCGCGGCGAGUGCAAGUUGCCUGAGAUGCCCGUGUCUGUCAAGUUCUCCCCCAUCCGCAUGUACAUCGACGCCGGCGACAUGGUCACCGUCACGUGCCCGGAGUCAUCGCUGAGAUUUCUUGACUUCCCGGAAGAGACCAAACUGGAGCUUACCUGCCAGUCAGGGGGAGCGAUCGACGAUGGCGGCUUCGGCUUGAACGAGACAAACGGCACUCUCAUGAUCCCUCCGUGCGUCCCCGCCGCGGAGGCCACACCAGUCGGUGCGUUGGGAGCUGGGGGAGGCGCUGAUUUGGAGCCGACGGAGCCCCCUCCGCCUGACGACGAGCCUAUGACAAAUCCCCCGGCUGCCGGCGGGUCUAAGGGUCCAUCGACGGUCUUCAAUGGCACAGAGCGGUACUGCGAGGACGCCCCCGAGGUGAAGGCGCUGUCGGGCUACGACUGCAAGGAGCUGACCACCAAGCUCAACCUCCCCUGUGCGGCCCAGCUCAAGGACGUGGGCUUCAAGCCACCGCCAGGCAUCCCCGACACAGCAACGGUGGACAAGUUCUGUCCGGCCACAUGCGGCAAGUGCGAGGCCACCUGCGCUGAUGAGUGUCUCGACUGGUUCCUCGCCAAUGCGCACUGCGAUCCUGCAUGCGACAAUGCCGACUGCAAGUACGACGAGGGAGACUGCAAGAAGGGUGGGAGUGGCGGCGCCAGCGGGGGUGGCGGCGCCAGCGGGGGUGACGGCGCUGUCUCGGCUCAAGGAGGGGAGAGCACCACUGGACCGCCCGUGGAAGACAUUGACUGCGAUAUUCUGGACAACCUCGACGAGAUCGAGAUCCCCGAGGAGUACUCGAAGCUCGUCACUGGCGUGUGCGAGGACAGCCCCGCUGUCACGGACCUGGGCUACACGUGCGCCCUCUUCAAGACCAUCUCCAAAGACGACUGCGACAUGACAUUCGGGGAGCUGCUCAAGACCAUCGGCAGCGGCGACACCGUGCCAACCCUGCCACCCACUGUGCCUGAGGAGACCAAGAUCGGCGACGCCUGCCCCGUCACGUGCGAGCUGUGCAAGAAGGGCGACACGUUCCUGCCCGACAUCGUGCGAGACAAGCUCGGCUGCACGUCGACGGGCAAGCCCAAGCCGACACCGAGCAAGAAACCGGGCGGAGGGUGCCGGGCCGAGGACAUAUCUGAGAAGGACAUCCCCAAGGAGUACCGGUCGAUCGUCACGGGCAAGUGCGAGGACAGCAAGAUGGUGGAGGAGCUCGGCUACAACUGCAACCUGUUCAAAACCAUCGCAAAAGAAGACUGCACGAAGGACUUCGACACGCUGCUCGAGACCGUCGGAGAGGGCGCCGACGUGCCCACUCUGCCUCCCAAGGUCCCCGGCACCACCACCGUUGCGGAUGCAUGCCCAGUGACGUGCGGUGAGUGCACUGAAGGCGAGCCCUUCCUCCCGCCCAUUGUCCGCAAGACCCUCGGCUGCGAAGACGAGCCCAGCGAGCCCAGCGAGCCCAAGGACGACGAGAAGCCGACAGAGGCCCCUGGGGAGGCGCCUGGGGACUGUGAGGACAGCCCUCUCGUGUCGUCCUUCGACAUCACGUGUGAGGUCCUGUUGGUCGUUGGCACGUGCAACGACACGAUCUACGAGCUGCAGAAGAAGAACAAGCCUGACGCCACCUUCCCCUCGUCCAUUCCCAAGGACACCCUCGUCAAGAACGCAUGUCCCAAGAGCUGCAACGACUGCUCGGCGGUGAUCCCGCUGCCUGACGACUUCUCACUUGACGCCGCAGACAAGCCGCCGACAGAGACGGCGGCGCCGUGCGCUGACGACCCCCUGGUCAACCAACUGGGCUACACGUGCGACCUGCUCAAGCAGUUUUCGACGGAUGGGUGCAGGAGCAAGCUGCAGGACAUGCUGCCCGAGGGGCAGAGGCUGCCUGAUGGUGUGCCCAAGGGCUGGACGCUGGAGGACGCAUGCCCGAGGACGUGCGGAGACUGCCCUGGCGCACCGGCACCCGACACAGCAGACGCAAGUGAGUGCCCAUGGCACAAGACACAAAGGGCUUGGGAUGUCGAAGCUCUCUCUUUCAUUGGUCUAUCUCAUCUAUGUGUGUGCGCAGGCUGUCAGGACAACCCCAUGGUUGAGAGCCUCGGCUAUUCGUGCGCGCGGUUCAUCGAAGUGGGAGGCCGCGGCUGCGACACACUUCUGGUUGACCUGGCCGACGGUCAGACGCCCAUUGACCUACCACCGACGGCCAAGGUCAAGGACACGUGUCCCAAAUCGUGCGGUGUGUGCGGCGGCCCCUCGUGCAUUGACGGCCAGCAGAAUGGCAAGGAAGAGGGGGUAGACUGCGGCGGCAACUGCAAGCCAUGCAGCAAGAAGGCCGGCUGUUCCAUCGAGAGCCUCAAGCAGCUGGGCACGGGAGUGGCCAUCAGCCGCGCCUCUGGUGGUGCAGCAGUGGAGGGGCCGCCUGGCAGAGUGGCUCACGGCACCCGCCGUGUGCUGACCUGCUUGGAGGGCUACGAGGAAGUGGGUACUGGGUGGGGCUACGACGUUGUGACGUGUCUCGACGGCAAGUUCACGGCUCCUCGGCUGCGGUGUGAGGAGGCGAAGGCAACUGUGUAUGAAGGGCGGCUCAAGAUCUACGGUGCUGAGGACUUCGACGAAGUCACCAUUCCAUAUAUACACGUGAGUGGGAGGGGAGGGGAGGGGAAGGGGACGCGCCCAGAGAAGCAAGCCAGCCUACUUGCAAGCCCUUCUGUCCUUUUGUGUGCUGUGCAUGUGUGUGAUCAGGAGGCCCUUCGUGACGCCAUGAAGCUGCAGAAGUCCGAGGUGCAGCUGGGCGCAGUGGUCAGCAGCCUUGCUGCCGGUUCGGACUCCUUGCCCCCGCAAGGGGAAGAGGUGGCAGACUGCGGUCUCGAUAACGUCGACAUCCCGCCAGAGUACAAGAAGGUCGUCACGGGCGUCUGCCAAGACAGCGACAGUGUCUCCCAGGUCAAGAUCUCCGGGACCGAUAUCACAUGUUCGCUUCUCAAGCAACUCGCGGAAGGAGACUGCUCUGAGACGCUAGGCGGCCUCAUGAAGCUGGCGGGCUCCGGCGGUCCCCAGCUGCCUGACGGCGUCCCUGCAGAGACCCCCAUCUUUGACGCGUGCCCGGUAACAUGCGGCAAGUGCAAUGACGGCGACUUUUACGUGCCGUCCAUUCUGAUUGAGAACAUUGAGCUGCCAAAGGGAUGCGAAACCCUCACGGCAUCGAGGAGGCGACAGCGGCGGCGCAUGCAGGAGGGUAGGGACGGGGAGUUCCUGCAGAUCGUCUUCUUCCUCGACAUGCCCAACAAGAAGGACAAGGACAUCCAGGCCAUCGUCAGUCGACGUGUCUCGGACCAGGGCAAGUUCAACGCCAACUUCAUGGACGACUUCCGCUUUCUCCUUAAGGGCUCCUCCGUCACCCUGCCGCUGGGCAACUUCACCGACCCACCAUCAUCCGCCGCCCAGCUCCUCAUCGACCGCAAAGCCACAGCAGAGAUCGACCCCCCGCAAAGACGCCGUGUGAGCAAGAAGAUGUUCGAGCUAGCCUUUCCAGGUAACCUCUCCGACACCUCGUCGCCCUCGCCUUCCCCCUGGACCAUCCUCAGGAGACCUGGUAUCGGCAGGCCCAAGAUCGGCAUGCCGGGCACGUGUGGCGGGCAUGGUGGCAGCAAGAGUGAGGGCGAUGACGGGUUCAUUCCCGAGUGCUGUGAGCUGCUGGAGUCCCUUCUGCGCUUCCUGGACGGCGAGUGCGGGGCACUCCUGUACCGCGGCGAGAUGAGCAGCGCGCGCGCAAAGGCCUUCUGCGAAGGUUCGCCUGGUUCCCAGGGCCAGAACCGCGGCAGUGACAGCUGCCACGAGUCCUUCAACCAGAUACUGGAGGAGUCCCACAAGUUCCGCGACUCAUGCCCCGCAUGGGAGCCGCUCAAGACAAUGGCCGACUCGUGGUGCGCCAAGGCCCCCGACCACCACCACAAGGACGGCAAGCGGGCAGCCUACUGCUUUGGUGACAUUCUCAGCGACCAGCGAGACAUGGGUUUCAAGGGUCUGGCAUCACGCAACACGAAGCGAUUGGACCAGAUCUGUGCAUCCCACAGCUGUUUCCGAUCCAAUGUGCGGUACAUGACUGCUGUGCGGCAGCUCGCUGAGAUGGGCGGCGAGGCGGCGGACGGCGAAGCGGCCACAGAGAUCGAGCAGUUGAGAGGGCCAGUGCCGGCUGAGCUGCAGGAGGCCUUUGCCCGGGAGCAAAACGGCGGCCGGCUACCCUACUAUGGGCCGUUCCGCGAGGAGCUGCUGGACGUCAUGUGCGUCAGGGUGGGCAAUGAGUACUGCCAGACGACUGCACUGCUGGUGGCGGACGACAACCCAAUCGACAACCCCGACAUCGUCCUCAACCCAUGCAGCUCAAGGUGCGGCAGCACACACAUACGGUCUCAAUGACUUACUUAUUGUCUGUCUCUUCUCUCUGUUGCUGCAGGUGCUUGAUGCCGGUCGUCUCCCGGAUGGGCACCGCUCUCACACGCCUUGGCCUUGACCGACACAGCCCCUUCCACAGGCAGCUCGGGCAGCUCCUAGUGGCCUUCAGCCGAUUCGCAUGCAGUCGCACCACCGAGGGAUCCAGCUGCAGAGGAUACCUGUUCAGCCCGGGCACGUCAGGACGCAAGGAUGGGUCGGCACUCCUCGCACCUCCCAGUGUGGAUGCAUUCGACCUGGCGGCGUGCCGCUCGCCCUGCCCUGCAUCCUACGUGGGCGACGGCCAGUGCGACGCAGCGUGCUACAGCGAGCCGUGUAUGUACGACGGGGGCGACUGUCUCUUCCAGAGCAUGUUUCCCCACGUGGCCGACAACCUGCUGGGAGGCAUCUCGACGCCUGAAUGUCUGCCGUAUGAGGAGGACUUCAACUGCCCCAAGAACACCUGCCGUCUGCAGCUCAUCGACGGCCUCGACAAGAGGGGGUGCUGUGUGGCCGCCGCCAUGGAGAUCCUCAGGGCGGCCCUGCAGGGCGAUGUGGAGCAGACCACUCUUUUCGACGCCGCCAAUGUCCCUGUCUGGCAAGUCGAUAGGUGGGCAGAUGACAGAAAGGAUGCGUCAAAGAUGUACAUAUUCAUUCACAAGUGUGUUCCGGUGUCACGUCUCAGGAGUGUGCCGUUCGUCGAGCAGAAGUGUGGGCUGAGCCUGGACAGGACAUGCAGUGCCGGCCAGUCGUUCCAAGUCAAGAAGACGGACCUGUUCAUCGAGAACCUCGACCACGAGGCACUCGCCAAGAACAAGGCAGCGCUUGGCUCUCUGGAGAUGCUGGUGCAGGACGUGCUGGCGGGCAAGCUGGGCACAGUCCCCACCGACAUCAACCGCAUCGUCUUCCGGCCCAACAUGACGACGCCCAGCUCGACCAAUGCAGAGGUCUACUUCCAGGUUCCCACUGGGGAUGCGAACUCGUUCAUCACCAAGAGACUCGAACAACAGGUAAGAUCCAAGUUCAGCGGUGAAUCCAGAAGCAUAUUUCAAUGCUUGUGUCUCAUGUUCCCUGUGCAGCUCCGCUCGGGCUCUGCAACGGCCGCCUUGACUGCUGCCCUGCAGCAGCUGUCAUCGCUGGAGAGUCUUAUGUCUGACCCCAAGAGGCCUCUCCGAGCUGGCGUCGAGCCGCAACGGACCCACGACACCCUCCUGCGAUCCGCUACAGUCAACCCGCUACCCCUUUCGCUCGCCAAGGCACCGGCGAUCCCCCCGGCCGGCACGCUCGGCCUGAAGGAUCUGGGCAUGACACUCCCUCUUGAAGCGUGCAGCGAGGAAGAGGUUGACAAGGCAGCCAAGAGCCUCAAGAUCGACUCCCUCAAGUCAUCCGUGCGGGCUUUCAAACACACCGAGGAGAGCUCGGUGUCGUGCGCCGACGGCUAUUCGGCGACGCGCGGCAAGCAGCCCGACACUCUGCUGUGCGACAACGGCAAGCUGAUCGUCAAGAAUGGCCUCCUGUGUCGGCAGAUGUGCAGUGGAGAGUCGCCCGAGCUGCCCUUCAACGCCACGACUCCUCCGAGGGCGCCCUUCUUGGCCCCUAACGAGGCCGGCAACGUCAGCACCGAGGGCACGGUUCGCGAGGGUGGUGGCUAUCGGGCAGUGGGUGAAGGGUACAUCCACGGGUCGUCGCGGGAGGUGUCUUGCUUGAAGGGUUACACAGCUAUCGAGGGCAAGGCCCCCGAGACCAUCGGGUGCGUCGAUGGACAGUGGCAGGAGCUCAGACUCGACUGCAGAGGUGCGCAGAAAUGGUCGCAAACACACGGGGCACGCAGUCGAAUUCUGUUUCCGUCGUGUCUCCGCCUUGUUCACUGUCUGCAGCCGACUGCACGGAGCUGUCUCUUGGUGACGGCUAUCGCGUCGAGGGCAGUGGCCUCACCCAUGGAGACACCCGCAAGAUCAAGUGCUCGCCCGGCUACUUCUCGACGAAGCUUGUCGCUGCCUCCACACACACACUGUCUGUGACGGUGACGUGCCAGGACGGCUCUUGGGCACCGCCGCAGCCCAUCAAGUGCGUCAAGCCCGACACGACGACGAAAACACCCAGACAGGGCUUUUUCGUCUUCCUGAGGGACCUGUUUAGCGGCAACGCGGCCGUCGGCAUCGUUGUGCUCAUCGUCUUUUGCGUGGUCAUGGUCAUCGCGUCGCUGCUCGCCUGGAAGUACUACUUCAAGGACAAGUCCAUUCGCAACCACGAGGAGCGAGAGAAGAGGAUCCAGCAGCGACACGGCACCACACCAGUGACAAGAGACGGCACCAACAAUCCAUCAGCAGACCUGAGGGCCGCCGGGAGCAAGACCAAGGCGCCACACAAUGCUGAGGAUGACUCGCUCACUCAUGCCAGUGGGGGCCCCGAGACAGACCUCCUGUCCAGUGAGGGGCGGGAGAACAAUAGCGACACCAGCAGCCUCGGCCCCAGCUCUGUCCGGAUGGAUGAGGGAUCACGGUCCACCUUGCCGAACACACGGGGCGCAUCAUCAAACAACAAGGCGGGGCCCGACCGUCACGUGCCCUGGGCACCUCCCAGGACGGCCACUGAGGGAGGGGCGACACUCACAGACACCGACGACGACCUGACGUCGGCGGCUCACUUCGCGAGGGAGAGGAGACGGCACUCAUGGGGACAAGACGGCACGAGCUCUGUGGGGUCGGAGUGGACAGAGUCGAGCAGUUUGGCGGAUCGACACAGGCCGAGGAGGCCGCCCGUCUAGUGACGAGCGGCACGGACUGUGUCUCCUGCUCCUGGUUGUUUUGUUUGUUGUAUAGCAGCGCGUGUACAUGUGUGCAUAUCAAUCAGCCAGCCGUCAUCGGUGUAGAUAGUCAAGCAUGGUAUUGAAUUAGAGGUCGGUUUGGGCUCUCGACAGCCAAGUUUUCGGCCUCUGUGCUUUCUCGAGAAAGGGCACCGUGCAUUACGGCGGCCUAGCUUACAAAGUGUGGGCACGAGGAAUGGGGCAGGGGCCAAUUAGGUAGGUGUACCCUUGCGUGUGACAGAUCGUAUGGUGAGGUGCAUGCGUCCACAUUUUUUUCUUGUGUAUGUGAUUUGUUUUGUCACGGCCUUAUUGUGAGACUCUGAAGGUCAUGACUAGCUGCCGCAUGUUCUUCAUGUGUUUAUGUCUCAAUCCACACAACUUCA